GGCGCCUCAUUGUUAUGCUGUCAGUCGGAAUCACAUGGCUCGGCCACUAUUAACAGAUGAGCUUGGCGGACAAGUUUGCAGAGUUGUGUUUCGCAGCCGUGGGGGACGGAGCUACACUUUUUAGCGGAGAGAAACUACGAGCACCUGCAAAAAAAAAAACAAACCCACACCUCUGCCUCUUUUGGGCGCAGCGUUUUCCCUUCUUAUGAAACUGGUCAGUACAUCUCUACCUCUUUUGCUUUUUUUUUUUGGUGCUGUUUUGAUUCAAGUCUUUUUUUCCCCUCCUUGCGUGCCUGUGAGUGAACAGCCAAAAAAAAGUCGCCCGAAUGUAUAACAUGCUGGAGACCGAGAUUAAGACCCCGCUCCCGCAGUCCAACUCGGGUUCAGCGCCGGGCUCAAAUAAGGCUAACAGUGCCAGCGACCAGGACCGGGUGAAGCGACCCAUGAACGCCUUUAUGGUAUGGUCGCGUGGCCAGCGGAGGAAGAUGGCGCAAGAGAACCCCAAAAUGCACAAUUCGGAGAUCAGCAAGCGACUCGGGGCCGACUGGAAACUUUUGACCGACGCCGAGAAGAGGCCGUUCAUCGACGAGGCUAAGCGUUUACGCGCCAUGCACAUGAAGGAGCACCCGGAUUAUAAAUACCGUCCCCGCAGGAAGACCAAGACCUUGCUCAAGAAAGACAAGUACUCUUUGCCCGGGGGCCUGUUGGCGCCGGGUGCCAACACUGUCAACAACGCCGUCUCGGUAGGGCAGCGGAUGGACAGCUACGCGCACAUGAACGGCUGGACGAAUAGCGCGUACUCCCUCAUGCAGGACCAGUUGGCCUACCCUCAGCAUCACGGCAUGAACAGCCCUCAGAUCCAGCAGAUGCACCGGUACGAGAUGGCGGGGCUUCAGUACCCCAUGAUGUCCUCGGCGCAGACCUACAUGAACGCGGCGUCCACGUACAGCAUGUCCCCGGCGGCGUACACGCAGCAGACCUCCAGCGCCAUGGGUCUGAGCUCCAUGGCGUCCGUGUGCAAGACCGAGCCGAGCUCACCACCGCCGGCCAUCACAUCCCACUCCCAGAGAGCGUGUUUAGGGGACCUGAGGGAUAUGAUAAGCAUGUACCUGCCCCCCGGCGGAGACAGCGCGGACCAUUCCUCCCUGCAGACCAGCCGGUUACACAGCGUACACCCGCACUAUCAGACCGCUGCCACCGGCGUCAACGGGACACUACCCCUAACCCACAUUUGAGAGUCAGAGACGAGAAAGACUUGCCAGUUUAAAAGUACUUCUUCGGAUACUUGAACAUUUUCCUUUCUUUUUUUUCUUUUUUUUUGUUUGAUUGCUAAAGAAUCGACGUUCAGUAGUUUUUUUUGUUAAAGUAAAUAAAUAAAUAAAUAAAUUGAAAUCUAUCUGAAUGAGUUGUCCAUUUGAAAGCAUUUUAAGACUAUAGCCAACGUGUCAUGGACCCGAGACUGAACGUUGAACCCAUCAGAGUAAAAGAAAAAACAAAAAAACAAACACUGCGUUGCAAAGAUGCUUUUAUCACGAUUAUAAGCAAUCAGCUGUAGAAUUGGACUUGUGACGUUUCGAAUAACGCCAUAUUUUCUCUCGAUGAAAAGGCAUGUGGCCUCGCGAGGAGGCUGUCGUAUUUCACAAAGGCUGGAUGGAGAGUCGCCUCCUAAAUGUUUACACUUCAUUUGUAGAAUAAUGUCAGUUGUCUCGGCUGUGUCCACAUCUCGUGUUGUAUCCCCCCCCUCAUAGGUCCGCAAUGAGACGUCGAGACGGCACGCGGGUCGCAAGCGCCAGUUUUAUUUAUAGUGACGUUUUGUUUUUGUUUUGUUUCUUUUCCAGCUCGUGAACCCUCUUGUUUGUUCCGUGACAUGUUCAUUUGUUUUGUGAAAGUUUCUGUUCCGUGAUGACUUUUUUUUCUUUUUUUUUGGACAGUCAUAUUUACUCAUAUCAGCGAACGGAAAUGGUUUAUUUAAACUGACGUUUCUACUUAUUUGAAGA